AUGAAGUCAUCAACCCUCUUUACACUUCUCCUUACCAUCAGCGGACGCCGGGGAUCUGUUGCAAUUGACAAUAUCACCACGGGCCUGGAGCUUUCCUCCCAGUUGAUGGCAUCUAUCAGCGAAGCAUUGAACUCUGUCACGAGUCUUGGACCCGAUGUCAUUGGCUCCAAGAGCUGGGACGAGAUCUGUGACCGUGCUGACGGUCUGUUUGGAAGUCUCGGACUUGAUAUUGGAACACUCGCCGGUGACUUCCUGGAUGCCGAUAGGGACAAGCAUGGCAAGGGCAAUGGUGGCAUUCUUGACAACCUUCUUGGGGGUGGGAAAGGGCAUCUCGGUGGGAUCCUUCCCUAA